CUGCUGAUGCCGUUACCAAGAAUGCUGAUGCCGUUGCCAUCUCUCAAGAUGACGAUCGUCGGAAUGAUGCGCGGCAAGAGAUGUCUCACGAGACAAAUGAGCAAAAGCAAGAUCCGGAAAAGCAGCAGUACAUUCCUCGGCAUGAGGAAACCCGCACUCCUGCAUUGAACGAAAAAACCGACGUUUCUAUUACUGUGCCAAAGUCAACCGUCUUACCGCGUGCCGGCACAUUUUCCUCCACCCUUACCACAUUAACUGCCGCGUCUUCCUCCUUUGGUCUGCUCUCGACGCCUCCUGCAUGCGAGAUUCCGGAAUCAGUGCCGCCAGAUCGCGUCACCCUAAUCAAGAAGACCGAGAAGGGAGAUGAUUACGUGCCCCAGGGCAGCAAACUGAAGAACAAUCUCUAUCCAGCCGUUGGCUUACUGGAGCUAGCUAACGCUGGCGAUUUUGCCGCCAAUGUGUGGAACCAGUACCCAGUCCCGGUGUAUGCAACUGUCUUCAUGGCGGUUGGGGCGACAUUUGCCGGCGUCAUGUCCAUCUUUGCCCUCCUCGACUCGAGACGUGCCUGGAGGAAUCUGAAGUUCCUCCGUAAGCAGCAGCGAGAGCUGAAAGAGGCGCGUGCUAGUAGAGUAGCAAAGUCUCAGCCGACUACGGAUCUGGAUACGCUAUUGUCCGUCAUGUACCGCGAGAUCGGCACUGAAGGUAUUAACCGCUGGGGACUCAACAUGUUCAUGGGUGUUGGCGCCGUGCUCAUUUGCGUGGGCACAUAUCUUGCCAUUGCUGGAGCUAAUGAUGCCAUCUUCUUGGCCAGUAACCUUCUCUCUGGAUAUGUUGGUAAUGCUCCUAUCGCUCUCUUCGGCACCAUCAAUACCUGCUGGGCAUUUUACAUCUUUUGCAAGGCCCAGGGACACAUCAAUGCGGCAUCGAAAGCCAUUCCUAGCACACGGGCAUUGACUUUGAUCAAGCGACGCAGCAGAAAUGUGCAAAUUUAUGCCUCCAUCAACGGCACUGCCACGCUUGUAGGAGGCGCCGGAUCCAUGGUCACCGCAACGAUGUGGUGGGGUUAUGUCGUGCUGAUUCCAGUCAUCUUGGCCUCCCUGUUUUGUAAUUUCUGGUGGCGUACAAGAGCUGGCUAUACGCGCCGAGAUUUGGUGCCGUCUGGACUGUCCGUCAUGAAUGUCGACGAGCUUUCCACUGCUUUAGAGUUUGCUUCUAGAGCAGAAGCCAAGAUCAGGGAGCAGAAAAAGACACCCAUCAAUGGCUUUGUCUCGGACCCAACAUCUCUAAAAUCCGUCCUUAUGUUUAUCCAGGAAAACGAGCUGCUGGAACCAUUUUGCGAACGACUUGUUAAGGAUGAAGGUCUUCGGAAAACUAUUGGCUAUUCCGAUACACCAGCAGAAAUCGAUAUCGAUGUCCCCUCUCUCCUGGCUUUGCCUAUUGAUAAGCACCCUGCAUUUAUUCAGAUCGCUCAAGACACUGUGCGGAAAGUCGGACCCCAGCAUUUCAAAUAUCAAGAACGCUAUGCAGCCGAGUUGCUUGGUACAUACUUUGUCAUUUCGAAACACGAAGCAAAACAUAGGGAAAAGGAUAGACUUCAAUCCGAGAAAUCUGGGUCGCAUUGAGAGAAAGCUCAUAGAACAGGUAGAUUUUCUUUCUGGUUUAGACACUUGAUAGUCGGAAGGCAUUUGAGCGAGGAGUUUUGAUUA